UUUAUCUAUGCCACUCUGAGCCUACCUGGUUUGCCCUUUGGAACUACCCCGCCCCCCAAAAAAACCAACAAUACACAAAAGCAUCCAAUCCUUCUCUCUGUUGUUUCACUGCAGGAAUCGCAAAGCAGAACCCCGUUUCACUGCCAUGAACGAAUUCUAGAUCUGAUCUGUUGCUUUGUUCUGUUCUCUUGUUGGAUUUGGAGAGGAAAACGAUGAAGAGAGAUUAUCCAGAUACCAGUGGUGUUGGUGGUUGUGGUUUGAAAACUGAAUGCUCAUCAAUGUCUAGUGGGAAGAUGAAGAUGUGGGAGGAAGAACUUGAUGCUUCCAGCGGGAUGGACGAGUUGCUGGCGGCUUUGGGCUACAAGGUUCGGUCGUCGGACAUGGCGGAUGUGGCCCAGAAGCUCGAACAGCUUGAGAUGGUUAUGGCCACUUCUCAGGAAGAUGGGAUUUCUCAUCUUGCUUCUGACACCGUCCACUAUGACCCCACCGAUCUCCAUGGUUGGGUUCAAAGCAUGCUCACCGAGCUCCACGGUUCGCCUAAUUGUCUCGAUCCGUCGGCGCUGUUGGCGAACCACCAAGUUGACGACCCUAUUCUGGCUCCGGCCGGAUCCUCCGUCAUAUCUACCGGAAAUUUCUCCAAUUCGCAGCAGCGGAUUGAGAAUCUGUCGCACGUCUACCACGAUGAUUCCGAGUACGACCUCCGAGCAAUUCCAGGCAAGGCGGCGUACCCACAAGGCAAAACGACAAAUGGUGAAAAUAACAAGCGAUUGAAAACUUCACCUUCAACCGAAUCCUCUCCGUUAACGUCGCCGGCGAGUGUCUCAGAGCAAGCGCGUCCGGUGGUUCUCGUUGACUCCCAGGAAAACGGGGUGCGUCUGGUGCACGCGCUGAUGGCAUGUGCGGAGGCGGUUCAGCAGAACAAUUUGAAGCUUGCGGAUGCACUUGUGGAGCACGUGGGCAGGCUAGCGGUGUCCCAAGCCGGGGCAAUGGGGAAGGUGGCUACAUACUUCGCCGAAGCUUUGGCUCUCCGAAUUUAUGGUGUCUCGCAACCACCAGUCGAUUCCUCCUUCUCCGAUAUGCAAUAUUUGCAUUUCUAUGAGUCCUGCCCCUACCUGAAAUUCGCCCAUUUCACGGCUAACCAGGCCAUUCUUGAAGCGUUCGCCACCGCUGACAGAGUUCACGUCAUCGAUUUUGGGCUCAAGCAGGGGAUGCAAUGGCCGGCAUUAAUGCAAGCCCUCGCAUUACGACCUGGCGGUCCUCCGGCGUUCCGCCUCACCGGAAUCGGACCUCCUCAGCCCGACAACACCGAUGCUCUUCAACAAGUAGGAUUGAAACUAGCUCAAAUGGCGAAAACAAUCAGAGUCCAGUUCGAAUUCCGCGGGUUCGUCUGCAACAGCUUGGUGGAUCUCGAACCGUCUCUCAUCGAGAUCCGACCCGGAGAAGCAGUCGCGGUGAACUCCGUUUUCGAGCUCCACGAACUCCUGGCCCGACGCGGCGCCAUCGACAAGGUCUUGAGCACAAUCAAGGCCGUCAAUCCGAAGAUCGUGACUGUGGUGGAGCAAGAAGCAAACCACAACGAGCCGGUUUUCCUGGCCCGUUUCACAGAAGCACUACACUACUACUCAACCAUGUUCGACUCACUGGAGGGCUCAUCAUCGUCGUCGGGGUUAACGGCAGCGGCAAGUCAGGAAGUGCUGAUGUCGGAGCUGUAUCUAGGCAGACAGAUAUGCAACGUGGUGGCGUGCGAAGGGUCAGAGCGCAUAGAGAGGCACGAGACACUGAGUCAGUGGAGGACUCGGAUGGGACCGGCCGGGUUCGAACCGGUUCACCUGGGUUCGAACGCGUUCAAGCAAGCCAGCACGUUACUGGCACUGUUCGCCGGAGGAGACGGGUACAGGGUGGAAGAGAACAAUGGGUGCCUUCUGCUAGGGUGGCACACUCGGCCCCUCAUAGCAACGUCGGCUUGGAAAAUUCCGGCGGGCGAGGUUUAGCGAGUUGAGUCAGUGGGUCCGAGUUAGAAGACAGACGAGAUGACCAACACUGUCUCUGUACAUCAAUGAUUAACCUGAGUUAUUGAGUCAGUGAGUCCGAGUGAGCGAGCUACAAAUAAGAGAAAACUGGCCAAGCUGUAAUUGUACCUUUUUUUCCCUACCCCCCUCUCCCUUUUCUCGGGUAUUAGCAUCUUUAAUUAAAAAUAGAUUAUUUGUUAUAUUUUAAUUAUCUUAAUUAAUAUAAAGGAUUAAAUAACAAUCCUUUUGCUAAA